CAUCGAGCUCAUCCUACGAACCACCUCGGGUUCGACAUGUCCGGCCUUGAUGGUGGCUCGUCCGACUACUUUGAUGAUGAUCUGGCCGACUGGGUUGUCGACCGGCCUUCGGAUGCGGCAGGUACUCCAACCGAUCCUGAUACCCCUCCACCAGCCAAACGCCGUCGCCUGAAAGCUGGGGGAAGUCCUUCAGAGGGUUUACAAUCACACCAAAAACGCCGUACCGGUAGUAGCGAUAGAUUUGAGGCCGGUCCAAGCUCCGACUCGUUUAUCGACCAUGACGAUGACGAACUGCCGUCGCCCGAGCGAGAGUCGUACUACUUCCAGGAUGAUCAGGACCGGGAUGCGCGGUCAAAAUACAAGGUCUUCGCUCCAAAGAACAGAAACAUUCAGGAGAACAUCUUUGUUACUCAGCUAACGCAGCCCCCUUCCCCUCCGGAAAUGCUUCGUGGCCCUCGCUGGAAGAAGCCCGAUCCUAGCAUGCUUCGAACAACCACAACCGCGCUGCCUGACAAGCAAAGGAGAGGAAGCGGUGCUGGUGGUGGCAGUGACGAUGACGAGUAUGACGAUGAUGAAGAGAUGAAAGCGGCAAUUGAGGCGUCGCUGCAAUCGUUCGAGGAAGAGAGUUCCCGACCAACUCCCUCCCUACCUUUACAUCCGUCCCCUCGUCCUUCAGUCGCCCCCGCGGCUAUACAGCCAAGCACAGCCAUCGAAGCCUCCGAUGACCUUUUCGACGAUAUACCCGACGAUGCCUUUGAUUCAGAUCUAUCCAUGUCCCCGCCGCCUGUGGCCCAGUCGCGCCCAGCAGCUCCGUCUUUCACACAAUCAUCCAAUCGCCCAUUGGGUGUUCGCCAGACCACACUGUUCGAUAUGGCUGUCAGGAACCCGGAAAACCAGCCACCGCGCGGUGAACAGGUGUUCUCGCCGCCUGAGAAGAGCGAACCACCUACUCAGCAUAAAUUAAACCAGGAUGCACUGGGUACAUGGGUCUAUCCGACGAACUUGGGCAAGACUCGGGACUAUCAAUUCAAUAUCGCGCAGAAAGGCCUCUUUCAUAACCUCCUUGUGGCACUACCGACUGGUCUUGGUAAAACGUUUAUUGCAGCUACAAUCAUGCUCAAUUGGUUUCGGUGGACUCAGGAUGCGCAGAUCGUAUUUGUUGCGCCUACCAAACCGUUGGUUUCUCAGCAGAUUUCUGCGUGUUUUGGAAUUGCGGGAAUCCCCAGAUCACAGACAACCAUGCUCACGGGGGAGGCUGCUCCAGGAAUCCGAGCCGAAGAAUGGAAGGCCAAGCGCGUGUUUUUCAUGACUCCCCAAACGUUGGUCAACGAUCUCAAAACUGGAAUUGCUGACCCGAAGCGGAUCGUUCUGGUCGUUGUUGAUGAAGCUCAUCGCGCAACUGGCGGUUAUGCUUACGUGGAAGUGGUGAAGUUCCUCCGGCGGUAUAACCAGAGCUUCCGUGUCUUGGCCUUGACAGCCACCCCAGGCUCGACAGUGGAGUCUGUACAGGCUGUUAUUGAUGGACUGGAUAUUUCGAGGGUCGAGAUACGAACAGAGCAUUCGCUGGAUAUCAGAGAGUAUGUUCAUUCUAAAAAUACGGAAGUGCAAACAUUUCAGAAUUCGGAGGAGAUGGUCCUUUGCAUGGACCUUAUGUCGAGAGCCUUGCAACCGCUUCUUGAUCAGCUGCGAAGUACAAAUGCCUAUUGGGGACGAGACCCAAUGGGGCUAACUGCGUUUGGUCUCACCAAAGCCAGACAGCAGUGGAUGCUGUCAGAAUCUGGCAGAAACGCCCAUUUUGGUGUGAAGGCCAAGAUGAAUGCCAUAUUCACUGUUCUGGCUAGCUUGGCACAUGGUAUUGAUCUUCUAAAGUAUCAUGGGAUCACGCCUUUUUACCGUCAUCUUGUGCAUUUCCAAUCCAACACGGACGGGCAAAAGGGUGGCAAGUAUCAACGGCAGGUCGUGCAAGAUGACAACUUCAAAAAGCUUAUGAACCAUCUGCAGCCGUGGACUAAGAACCCAGAGUUUAUUGGUCAUCCAAAACUGGAGUAUCUGAAACAGGUUGUGUUGAAUCAUUUCAUGGAUUCCGGUGAAGGUUCCGGUACAGGCGAAAACCAGGAUCAACCGGCCACCCGCGUGAUGAUUUUCGUACACUUCCGUGAUAGCGCGGAAGAGGUGACGAGAGUACUCAAAAGAUACGAGCCCAUGAUUCGGCCCCAUGUCUUUGUUGGGCAGAGCAGCGCCAAGGGCUCGGAAGGAAUGGGCCAGAAAACGCAACUCGACAUUGUGCAGAAGUUCAAGAAGGGAACGUACAAUACCAUCGUUGCGACAUCUAUCGGUGAGGAAGGGUUGGAUAUUGGUGAAGUGGACCUCAUUGUGUGUUACGACUCCUCUGCUUCCCCCAUUCGCAUGCUGCAGCGUAUGGGACGUACCGGCCGGAAGAGGGCCGGAAAUAUCACCCUCCUUCUCAUGCAAGGCAAGGAGGAGGAAUCGUACAUCAAGGCCAAGGAUAAUUAUGAAAAGAUGCAGCAGAUGAUAGCCAGUGGUACCCGGUUCACCUUUCACGACGACAUGUCUCCGCGCAUCCUUCCUCCAGGUGUACGGCCUAUUGCCGAUAAACGAGCGAUUGAGAUUCCCGAGGAGAAUGCCGCGGGCGAUUUGCCAGAACCAAAGCGGCGAGGACGGGCUCCCAAGCGGCCGCCAAAGAAGUUCCAUAUGCCUGAUAAUGUCGAGACUGGAUUCACCACCGCGUCGCAUCUGGCGGGGACUACCAAGCGCAAAACCCAAAGCAAAAGUAAGACUCGCACGCCGACUCCAGAGCCCGUGGAACUGCCGGCGCUUGAAGACGUCUUGCUUACCCCAGCGCAGCAAAACGAACUUGAACACCUCUAUAGCAACGCCGGGCCCAGUGAAGAGUUGUUGGUCUGCUAUCCCAGGAGCGACGCCUUCCCACGUCUUCAACUCGCCCCAAGACCUACAAAGGCUGUUAGGCACGGGUCCUUGACUUGUCGCAUGAUCAAGACAUUGCAGAAGAUGGAUCAAGUGAGCCCGGACUGUGAGGAUCGUUACAAAGAGGUUUUGGCCCGAGAGUCGGCCUCCCGGCCGGAGACAGUGUCACCCAGAUCCGACGGCCAUGGGAUUAAUGACCGUUCAAGGUACAGACCUAGUCCCAUUACUAUGAAUAUACCACCCAAAGAAAAAUACCCCGAUGAGGAAGAUCUCUUUGAGAUCCAACCAACACCGCCACGAAAGCACUCAAUGUUUAAGGCUGCCCCAGAGAUUGAACCAUUUUACUGUUCACAACGGACGCAAGACGAAAAUACGGACGAUGAUUUCGACCCUCCGGAUGUCGACACUCUUUUGAAUAGUAGUGUUGAUAACAGGACUCGGAAACGAGGCCUGUUUGUCCUUGAUGACAGCGAUGACUGAAUUGGACCUAACGAGCAAUGACCUUGGAUAGCAUACUGCAUUGGUACACUUUCGGUUACAUAUACCCUGAAGCAAUAGAUUCAUUUUUUAAACAUCCCGGAAGGCCUCCUUCAACUCUUUUUGAAGUUUUUAGACUGGG